AUGGCGGACCGAACACAAGACAAGACUCAAAGCGCCGUUGGCGAUGCCAAGGGUAUCUUGAAGGGUAUCAAGGGCGCAGGCGACGCGAUUCGUGGCACGGUUAACGAAUCCAUCGACACAGCCUUCAAUGACCGAGAAGGAGAAGUCAAGAAUAAGGCAAUCAAGGAGAAAGGACAGUCAGACGUGCUGCGCGCUGAUGAGCAAGAGGAAAAACCGCUACCGGUCCCACCACAGCCACAGGAGGACCAAGAACUGCCGGUCAUACCACAGCCAUAG